CUUUUCAGGAACCCGGAAGAGAGGAGGUGCCAGUUCAUAUGAAAUCUACGAAAGUGCACUUUUGAUUAGUAAUUCCAAAACUCUCCAAAGUCUGACUCAGUUUAAAUGUGAGCAAGGAAUGCUUUUAAUACGACCCUGUGUUUUUAAUCCAAUAUUUCGUUUUAAGCCUUUUGAAUUAAGCCUGCCAAGGGACGAAGCCAUUUAUUAGGAACUACCAUCACUGCUGUUCCAUGAUGUCCAUGAUACGUGUCUUUGUUUACGGGACCUUGAAGAGAGGGCAGCCCAAUUAUCACUACAUGGUGAACACCGACAACGGCGUGGCCAGGUUUGUGGGGAAAGCUCGGACUGUUGACCGCUGGCCACUGGUCGUGGCUUCAAAAUACAACAUUCCCUUCCUACUGGACCUCAGGGGACAAGGAGAGCAUGUGGAAGGAGAGAUUUAUGACGUUGACCAGAAGAUGGCAGACUUCUUGGACGACUUCGAGUCUCACCCUUCACUCUAUCAAAACACAACGUUGGCAAUAGAGCAGCUGACUAAUGAAGAAGACCAAGACCUUGGAGAUGGAAAGGUCACACACCAGUGUUCCGUGUACCUCCUCAAGCAGUUCAAGCCUCACCUGGCCCAGCUGCCCUGCCUUUCCAACUACAGCAGCCAGGGGGUGCCAGGGGUCAAUGCCUACAUGGAGAGGUACCUGCGAGACCCUCAGGAGGGCCUAGAUUUUGUCAUAGGGGAAGUCAGAUUCAGGGAUAACUGAGCAACUAUUAAACUUCCUGUUGUACCUCAGGGCAGAUCCAAACUGGCUGUAGGAAGAAAUCUGACAUUUGAGACUUGUCAGAAAUGUUUUUUAAAAUGUAUUGGAACUCUGUAUUUUAAGAUCAUGGGAAAUGUACUUGGGGAAUGGAUUGUUACUCAAGAGUCACAAUUGUAUGACAUAGCUAUUGAAAUGAUAUGAGAUGCACAGGCAGAAUAUAUGCAAAUGUAUUACUGGAAGAUGCUAAGUGCAUGUACAAUAUAGAAUGAUCCUGGCCAUCACAAUCAACAGUUUAACCAAUGAUAGCAUGGCACCAGAGGUUCAACCAAAGAGAGUGGCUGCAUGCAUGUCAAAUCUUUGCAUUUCUACAUUUUGAAAGACUUACAGGUGGGCAAGGCUAUAGCACUAGCCAAUAGAAUGACUUGUGUGCUAAAUUUAGUGCAGACCAGCUUUGAAAGCAGUUAUAGUAUUUUUAAUAUUGCUACUAGUAAUUAGUUUUCUUCUAACCAACAGUGAUGACCUCACAGAUGCCAAAGAUUUGGAUGCUGGAUGAGAAGAUGCUAAAGACAUUCUAGAAGAAACCAAGAAUCUAUCAACCAUGUUCC